AUGUAUGCAGAGUUCGAUUGUUCACUCUGUGUUCAUCAUAGAGGUUCACUUUCUUCCCUGUCCACCCUGAAUAUAACCACUAACUUUGUAGGCACUGCGAGUUUGGUAUCGAUCAAUGAAGGUCGCUUCACUAUACUUCGCCCCGACUGCACGAAUUUCUCAUUUCCAAUUUCCAAUAUAACACAUUUGCACGGUUCUAACCGCUUUUCUCCUAAAAUAUCUUCUUCCUUUACAGAAUUUGAACGAACUCACUACCCCGAUGUGUUUGCCCGAGAGAAGUUGUCCAGUCGUAUUUUUUUGCCCGAGGCACGAAUCCAAGUGUGGUUUUCCAACCGACGAGCCAAAUGGCGUCGUGAGGAGAAAUUGCCAUCAUCCGGAGUGGAAGCUACUAGGAAUGAGAAGUCCACUUUUGGCCUAUUUCCAUCCGGACUGGAGCGGAAUUUGUCCACCCUAUUCACCACGGACACAAUGGAUCGAGACAAACUGUGCACCUUAUCUACGGUGUCUGAAAUGUCCAUCGCGGCGACCGCUAAUGAUGGUCUUCUGCCCAAUCAUGGAUCAGAUGGACCAAUAACGUUUGAUUUGACAAAAUUCGAACGAACCACGCGGACGAACUACGAUUCCGCGUACGACGAGGCGGACAAACGAUGGUCAUAUCUCGAAACUCAAGUCUAG